UAGUUUUGUCACUUUUUAUUUAACGUUUAUUCUGCUCAACCUGAGGCAGAUUAUUUUGAUGAUGAAGACAUGAACAUGUGUCUUGUUUGCACGCUCUCAUCUUCUCUUCAGAAACAACCGUUCAAACACAAGCUAGGAGCUACCAUCACUUUUUGGCAGGUGGAAACGUGCAUUUUCUGGAUGUUUUGCUUCUUAAAAAAUGUAUUUAAACUGGUUAAAUUCUUGUGGGCUAUAAUCUGUCAGAUAGAAUUGAAAUCCAGUAUUUUUGAGGCAGAAACAACCUUUCAGUGUAAAGGUAGGGGCUGCGAUCACUUUUUGGCAGAACAGCAGAAGCGCGUGUCCCCCCCUCCCGCUCCAGGUGACUGAUGGACAGACAGGUGCUGCUGUCGGUUCACUUUCCUUCUUCAGUUGUCGGAUGGAAAGUUGGAGAUGUUUCCAAUCAGCAGAAAUCAGCUGGGACAGCCAACCAACACACACACUGGGAGUCCAACCACUUUAAUUAAUGUUGACUUUGUGAAUAUUAUAUCUGAACUUUUAGCUUCAGUCUUCAUCACAGACUCCAGCAGUUUUGGACAGUACCGAAGCCAAGUGAAUGUAAAAUCAAUCUGAGCAUCACAAUUAACUGUUUUAGACACAGAUAUGGUCAUAAUAAUGCUCCAAAAUGCUGUCACAUUUGUUUUAGAGAGAGACAGAGAGAGAGAGAGAGAGAAAGAAGUGUGAACUGUUCAUUUAAUAAUCUUCUUCUGACAUUUUAUCUUCCCUGUUUGUAUUUUCUGUGACUGAAUGUGGUUUUAAAUCUGUUGAGGUGUGUUCAGACUGAAAGCAAAGACACUGAUGAUGUCAUACAAAGUCAGAAAAUAGAAAGCAAACUGUUUCCAGAGGACACUAAAGAAUGAUGGAGCAGCAGGAAACAGACCAGGUCAGAUAGUAAACAGCUGAUUUAUUCAUCUGACUUGUAGAAUAACCUCAAUGAUUGAAUGCUUUUAAAUGUCUGGGAAUGUGGAACAACUAAAUACUUGAGUAAAUGUCCUCAGUUCCAGUCCACCACUAACUGAUUAAUGAACUGAAUGUGUAUCUGUUGUUCCCCUCCUGACCUCCAGGUGGCGGCGUUCUUUCAUUUUAAACUUUAAUCUGAAAAUCCCUGACUUGGAGGAAACCGGAAGUCUCGUUGCUUCACUGUGAUCUCGGGCUGGCGGCGGGAUAGUUGUGUUGUUUAUUAGUGAGUUUUAAACAUAGACAGUAUAAGAACGGUUUUAAGAAGACAGAGCUGCAGAAUCCAGAGUGAGUCCAGCAGCCCCAGUGGACAUCUGCUGGAUUUCAGGACAAGAGAGGAAUGGAGGAGGACAACCAGAACCAGGAGCAGCGGAGCAACAAGGUCCCCAGAAGACCAGCAGCAGACUGGGACUCUGAUACCAGCCAUGUUCAGGCACCCUCAGCAGACGUCAAGCUGGCGACUGUAGCAGGAAAGAAGGGCAUAAAGGCCGAGGAGGAGGAGCAGCCUGCAGCACCUCCUGCAGCUGCAGCAGCAGCCGUGAAGGAGGAGGAAGAGGAGGAGGAGGAGCAGCCUGCAGCACUUCCUGCAGCUGCAGCAGCAGCCGUGAAGGAGGAGAAAGAGGAGGAGUAUGUAGUAGAGAAGGUGUUAGACCGCAGAGUGGUGAAGGGAAGAGUAGAGUUUCUGCUGAAAUGGAAGGGGUUCUCAGAUGAGGAUAACACAUGGGAGCCACAAGACAACCUGGACUGCCCCGACCUUAUCACCGAGUACAUGCAGAAACACAAGGAGGAGGAGAAGAAGAAGGAGGGCAAGAGGAAAGUUGUCAGUGAGGCCUCGGGCGACUCAGAGGAGCGAGGGAGCAAGAGGAAGAAGGAGGAGGAGCCCUCAGCAGACGUCAAGCUGGCGACCGGAGCAGGAAAGAAGGGCAAUAAGGCCGAGGAGGAGGUGCAGCCUGCAGCAGCAGCAGCGAAGGAGGUGGAGGAACAGCCUGCAGCACCUCCUGCAGCAGUGAAGGAGGAGGAGGAGGAGCCUGCAAAACCUCCUGCAGCAGUGAAGGGGGAGGAGGAGGAGGAGGAGCAGCCUGCAGCACCUCCUGCAGCUGCAGCAGCAGUGAAGGAGGAGGUGGAGGAGCAGCCUGUAGCACUUCCUGCAGCUGCAGCAGCAGUGAAGGAGGAGGUGGAGGAGCAGCCUGUAGCACUUCCUGCAGCUGCAGCAGCAGUGAAGGAGGAGGUGGAGGAGCAGCCUGAAGAGGAGAAGUAUGUGGUGGAGAAGGUGUUGGACCGCAGAGUGGUGAAGGGAAGAGUAGAGUUCCUGCUGAAAUGGAAGGGGUUCUCAGAUGAGGAUAACACAUGGGAGCCGCAAGACAACCUGGACCCCGACCUUAUCACUGAGUACAUGCAGAAACACAAGGAGAAGGAGAAGAAGGAGGGCAAGAGGAAAGUUGUCAGUGAGGCCUCUGGAGACUCAGAGGAGCGAGGGAGAAAGAGGAGGAGGAAGAAGAAGGAGGUGAGCGAAGGAAAGAGAUUACUCCAGACUGAAGAUUCCCAGAAAUCUAAUCUCAAUAUUAAUGAAUAUUAAUACAGCACAAAAAAGGAAGGAAUUUAAAAGAUUUAUUAAAAAUGUAAUAACUUAUUUCACCAGUAAAUUUCUAUUAAACGACAAAAACUGAUGAGAAAAGGAUAUUUUAAAAUAACUUUGAAUGCACCACGAGGUUUACCCUUUUCAAGUUAACGCAACAUUUACGAUAUAUUGUGCAGCCCUAGCUCCAACUGUUAAUUUAUGUAAAUAAUUAGUAACCUAAUCCUUGAAUGGUAUGAUUAUGACGGUUUCAGUUCAGAGCACUGGUCAGUAAAUGUAUAUUUUUAGGCUGCUUACACAUUCAGGCGGUCCGUGAUCAUCUGCCUCGCUUUCUCUCGCUGUUUCAUUGCAGCGGCCGUGUUUCCUUUUUAUAAAUAAUGGGCCUCAUUCACCAAUAUCUUUCUGAGUUUUCUCAUAAACGUAUUCUUAAGAAAGUCCUUGAGAAUAGUCUACGUUGGAUUCAUGACAUGUUCGUAAACAUCUGAAUUGUUUGCACCUGUGUUCUUAGGAUUGAUGAAUCCCACUUCUUCGUAAUGAUGAAAUGAAAGCACGUGCCAGUUGUUCCUAAUUAGCAUAAGAAAACGCUCCGUAAAUUCCCAUAUAAGGACCUGACACUUCCUGGGAAGUGGGAGACUGUGUUCAGGAGAUGGUUGUCGGAGUCGCAGAUGACUUGUACAUUGCAGUGGUGGAGGAAAUCCCGAAUCUCAGUACUUAAGUAAAAGUACAAAUAUCCAGACACAUUUACUAGUAAAAUGUAGCUUACCACAAUGACAACCCUACUUAAGUAAAAGUAAAACGUACCUGAUUUCAAAUGUACUUUAAGUAUUAAAAGUAAAAGUAGUUGCAUAACUAGUUAUUCUCUUAAUCUUAUUUGCAUAAUUACCAUUUUAAAUGGUAAUAUGUCCACUACCACAAACAAGGCCUGGCUUUUAAAAAAC